AGCGGCGGCGCAGGCCGGCGGCCCCGGCCCCGCCAUGCCGGCCGUCAAGCGCGAGCGGCCGGACGGCGAGGAGCUGGCGCUGGCCGCCUUCAACCGGCCCCUGGACCGCCUGCCCGACUACCUGCUGCCCUUGGCGGCCGUGGUGAGCCCGCGCCCGCCGCCCUACGAGCCCUUCUUCGCCGCCGCCGCCGCCGCCGCCGCCCACCAGCACCAGCAGCUCCAGCACCAGCCCCCGCCGCCCCCGCCGCCGCCGCCGCGCGCCCUGCUGGCCUUCCCCGAGGCGGCCCCGCGGCCCCUCCCCGAGGAGCUGCUGCCCGGCGAGCGCUUCUCCUCCGUGCCGGACUUCCAGCCCUUCUUCGACAACGGACAGCCCUGCCUGGAGGUGGAGUGCGGCGAGAACAAGGCGCUGCUCUACAUCCAGAAGUUGUGCCAGGGCAGCAAGGGGCCCUCCAUCCGCUACCGCGGCGAGUGGCUCACCCCCAACGAGUUCCAGUUCGUCAGCGGCAGGGAGACCGCCAAGGACUGGAAGCGCAGCAUCCGCCACAAAGGAAAAAGUUUGAAGACUCUUAUGUCCAAAGGAAUCUUACAGGUACAUCCUCCAAUCUGUGAUUGCCCUGGGUGUCGAAUUUCGUCUCCAGUGAAUCGGGGGCGCUUGGCAGAGAAGAGGACGAUCCCCCUGCCUCCCACGAGGACCCCGAAGAAAGAGCUGCCCUCCAUUUUUUCACACAGUGAGGACAGUGAAGAGAGUGACAAGGUCAACGGCCACCACCCGGAUGUCAAGCAAGAAGAGGAUUUGCAUAUUAGUAUCAUGAAAAGAAGGAUACAUGCACACUGGGAUCUGAAUAUCUCUUUCCGCGAGACCUCUUGCAGCCGGGACAACGACCUUACUUCCUUCAUUUCCAACCUGCACCAGAGUCGCCAGCUCGUUAUGCCAGAGACCCAGAGCCGCUGCGAGUUCAAGAGAAGCAGCCUCGACGUCAGUUUGGGAGGAGCAGAUGAAGUUUUAGGCAAGAGAAGAGUCUGUUCACCCAACAGCAGCAGCGAAUGUCCUCUGGAAAACAAGAAAUCCCGAAGUGAGUCCCCAAAGGAAAACUCCCACACGCCCUUGCUGGAAGGUGCCGUAACUCAGAUGACCCCAGAGGAGCACUAUAGGCGGAUGAUGUCGGCUCUCAAUGAACACGGCGCCUUUGAGGAGCAGCAGCAGCGCCUCUACCAGCUGGCCAACAGUAUGGCUGUUCCCGGCCAUAGCGAUCUCCUUCGGGCGCGGCAAGAGGUCGCAGCAGCCACAGCACGCAAUCCCAGCUCCAUGGAGGCCCACCUCCCUUCGGCGGGCAACUCGUCCAGCCAGCGCAGGAAGCAAGGCCUCCCACAGCACCGGGAUUCACAUUUCACUGAGAGGGAGAUGUCCCAUCCACCACCCCUUCUGUCACCUCAGAAUGCUCCCCAUAUUGCAUUAGGCCCUCAUUUGAGACCCCCUUUCUUAGGGGUGCCUUCAGCAUUGUGCCAAACACCAGGUUACGGGUUUCUACAGCCCGCCCAAGCCGAGAUGUUUGCACGGCAGCAGGAGAUGUUGCGGAAACAGAACCUGGCAAGGCUUGAGAUGUCUGCUGAGAUCAUCCGCCAGAAGGAACUGGAGAACCUCCAUCGACAGAGGCUACUGGCCAGCGACCCAAUGAGCUUGCAUCCGGGUCUGCCGCCGGAUCACCCAGCUCUCCGCAACGUCCACGACAUACCCGAGGGCCACCCGCUCCGGGACGAGCUCUCGCGGAGGAAUGCCAUGUUGGUGCUGCGGCACAACAACACUCCGUUGUUGUCGCUAAACCAUCACGGGGUCCCCAGCGCCUCCACCACCCCACCCAAGGAACACGGCAGCAGACGAGGGAGCAGGAAAUCGGUGCAUCACCGGGCCGAGGCAUCGAGCCAGAAUGAAUCCAAAGAGCUGUCUGAAAGCCGGGCGCCUGACGGCAACGAUGAAGAGAUGAAGGAUUCCGAGAGCGACGCUGAGCCGAGUGAUGAGAAGCUGGAAAGCGUGAAGGCGGAGAGCAGCGUUUCAGCCAACGAGCUCAAGGAGUGCAAAGAGACAGUGGAAGCCUGUGAUGGCGCCAAAGGACUUAGCGAAUUGUCUGCCGGCCAGAAUGCUCCCGGCAGCUCCUCCAGCGCCGAGUCGCCCAGCCAUCUCCUUGGCCCGGUCGUCAACAAAACCGAAGCCAAAUACCUCCCCCCAGCCUCUCUCCCACCACCACAACCAUUGCCGUUCGGGUUCCCGUACACCAUGAGUCCCUAUUUCCAUGCAGGCACCAUGGGAGGUCUCUUUUUAGAUGGGGAAGAAAGCCCAUCCCUGGAGGAUGUCAGCAAAUGGACGGUCGAAGAUGUCUGCAACUUUGUGGGCAGCUUGUCCGGCUGUGCCGAGUACACUCAGGUCUUCCGAGAACAGGCCAUUGACGGCGAGACAUUGCCCCUCUUGACGGAAGAACAUUUGUUGAACAACAUGGGGCUGAAACUGGGGCCAGCGCUGAAGAUCCGAUCACAGGUUGCCAAGAGAAUUGGCCGCGUGCUGUACAUGGCCAGCUUCCCCAUGGCCUUCCCGUUGCAGCCCCCAGGCCUGCGUCCCACAGACCGCGACUUGCCUCCCGCUGACCUGCGGCCCUCCUCCACUGGAAGCAUGGCCUCCUCUCCUUACAACAGCUCCCUUAUGCCAGCCAGCCGGAUCUCACCAAAGCAGGAAAAUGGGAACCCCUCCCUGUUGGCCGCGCUCAAUGACACCACCAAGCCGCCAUCUUAACUGCCCUCCACCCCUCCAGGUUGGUCAUCGGGCUGCCAGAACUGAAAGCUGCUGCUUGAAAAGCCGAGACCCUCUGAAGCUUGGGUUGGUGGUGGGGGGGCCCAUUUUAAAGAACCGCAUUCAACUUUGGGAUUUAAGAGAGGACAGGAAACCAAUCCAAAGAUUUCUUGGAAGCAAUUCAAAGGGUCAGAUGGCAGUUGAAGAAGCGGAACUCUUUUUUUUCCUUCUUUGCCUUCCCGGAAACCCAACUCUAGAGGAGAGACCCAGACCUUCCGGGCGCCCCUUCGCUCCCAAGCGGCGAAGAAACUCCUCCGCAUUCAAAACCUGUCCCUCGCUGGAUCCUGUCCACAGGUCCUCUUUCAGGGUGUCUAUGCAUUGCUAACAACUUUUUAAACAAUACCAAAGACAAAACUGACUGACCCAAGGCAAGGUUAUGGUCCGUGUUUACUUCAGUUUGGAUGGUACAGCGCAGGCGGCUCUGUGGAGCGGCGAGGUGGUUUGUUUUUUAUUUUUAUUUUUAAAAAACCUGUAUCACCAGGGGUUCUGCUGCUUGAACCUUGCAGAUCGACUGUGGUGGAGUCUCUCCUCACCGGGCCCUGCACGAACUGGGUUAUUUUUUGUGGAGGAAAAAUAAUAAUAAUAAUAAUAAUACAGCAUUGGGGAAGACGGGGAGAUGAGGAGAAACAUGGCAGACAUAGGCAUAACAUCUCCCUUCCCUCGACAGCGUGUGUACAGAAGAC